UUUUCUUUUGUUUGUUCUCACAACACAAUGACUUCUUUAUCGGUAAUGAAUUUGGAGAAUACUAAACAACCUCGUAAGCGACUUAUAAUCAAGUUUUCUUCUCAAAAGAAUCAUUCUCAAGGAGAUAUUAAGAUGGAACAUUCCAAGCCAAUUGUUACAUGUUUCUGGCUUGACGCUAAAGAUUCAACAGCUAUUAUGUCUCAACAAAACAACAACACAACAACCGAUUCUGUCAAAGAUUCAAAACCCAUCUUGUCUAAAGAAGUUGGUGUGCAAGUAAUGAAGGAUUCUUGUUCCAAGAAGAUUAUCAAUGAAACAAGAAACCCAAGAACCGAAAAUUGUUGCUUGAAGACUGAUGGCGGUGAGAUCAUGAAUGAAAAUAGAAAGAAGCCGAUGCAACAUUACAAGAAGAUGCAAUGUUGGGUGAUUUUGAAGAGGAUUUUGAUUGGAAGAGAUAGCUGGCCUCUAAAAGACCCUAUUGAUCUCAAGUUCUUGAAGGCUUUUCAUGACAAGGAUAAUUUAGAGAACAAGUCUAAAUUGAAGACUAUGGGUUUGAAGAAUAUUGAAUCUAAAUUGCAAUUCUAUUCAACACCCGAUGAAUUUGCUACUGACAUCAGAUUUGUAUUCUCUCAAAGAAUGUUAUUAUAUCCUCCUAGAAAUGAGGUUCAUAAAAUUGCGUUAAAGUUUAGUGAAUAUUUUGAAAACAAAUGGAAGUCUCUCAAAAAAGAUUGGGACCUUGAGGAAAGAAAAAUAAACAAGAGAAAAAGGGAUGAACAUGCUCAUGAGAUGAAAGACUUCUUCCAAACCAAAAGGUCAAGAUAAGAUAUGCAAGACAACAACCCGUUUCUUUUGCAUGUUGCCAUCGUCACUUUAGUAUUAACACUGCUAUGUAUAUACUAGAUAUUUUGUCAAUUUUCACAACAUACUGUUAUUGU